AUGUCGGCGCCCUCGGGCGUGUCCAUUGCUGCAGCGCCGGCCAAACCUGAGGCGGCGGCAUCCUCAUCCUCGACGCCAUCGGCGUCAGCCGCUUCUCGUCCGACCAGCUUGCCGAUCCAGCGUGCACCUUCCUCGGGCGGCGCGACGGCUUCAGCCUCGCCGGCGCCGCAAGCGUCUGCAGCAACCGCCACCAACGACAAGAAGCGGAAGGCCCAUCCGACAGCGGCAUCUGGAGCCGCAAAAGCAGGCGAUGACGCCGCAUCCUCCUCUGCAUCGGCGAAUGUUGCCGCUCCGGCACCUGUUCCUGUUCCACGGCCCAGAGAGGCUAAGCGUACCCGAGUCCACUUUUCACGCGUACCGCAUCUGUGUCGACCCUUCUUGAACGGCGUCGAAGACCCCAACGCUAACUCGGACGUGCACGCACGUCUCGCCACCAUUGAGGGUAUGCUCACUCGCCUGGUGUCUGUGAUUCCUCAAGCACUGGCUUCCAGAGCACCGGCAGACCACUCCUCGCCGGAUGUCUCGUCGAUCGCAACUCAAGGCGAAGAUGUUUUCCAUCCUCAAUCAGCACCGCAACCCACUGCUGAACCGCCUCGUCAAGUCUUUCCCCACAAGCCGCCUCCAUCCGGCCUCUUCCCCGCAAACCUGUCUACCUCCACCCCUGUUGGGCGAUCAGGGUUCGGCUGGGGCCUGCGAGAAGGUCGCAUGAUCUCGCUCAGUGUUGAGGACAACGCCGAGCUUCGGGACCUUCUUCUGACUCUUAGGGAGAGUGGCAUCACGAAGAACCAUCUUGAAUGGCUCAUUGCAGGCGUUCCGGGGCGUCGCAUGGCCGACGCUUUGGUCGAGCUGUACUUCAGGGACAUCGACUGGACUCGUUACAAGAUGAACCGACCUGCCUUUGAGCGCCGAUACGUUGCCUUCUUCGACUCCAUUGGACGCAAUCCCACCAGUCCGAAGAUCGAUGCCGAUACCAUCAAGUGGCUGCCUUUGAUGUUCAUUGUGCUUGCGAUUGCCGUAUUGUCUGCUGGACCGGAUAUCGUGCCAGCCGAUGAGCAGCAAGGCUGGUCGAGGCGAUUCUACGGAUCGGCGCGCAGUGGCUUGGAAUACGCCAAGGCGCUGCAACGUGAUAACCUGGAAGUCCUUUUCGCGGGGCUGCUGGCGUCACGAUACAUGCUGCUCACCCGCCGUCCUGCCGAGGGUUCUACGCCCCUUACGACAGCCUUCCAACUCGGCCUUUACCGUGAUGGUACGGUGCUCAAUAUGACGGACAAGCGCGAGAUGGAGGUCCGUCGUCGUGCCUGGGCGAUGCUUUAUCACCUCGACCGAACCAUUUCGCUCCUCGUUGGUCGACCCGCUUCGAUCUCGGAUGCGCAUACCGACGCGCGCCCACCGGCUAAUCUUGACGACGAGGAGAUUGAAAGCGGUGAUUUCGACCCGGCCGGCCACCCCAUGACCAAGCCAACCCAGUACACUUACGUGAUCGUGCGCCACAAGCUGGCCGAGAUUAUGGGUCGCAUCGCGUACCACACUUUCACUAUCCAGAUGCCGGACUAUCAAACCGUCCUGGCUCUGGACAAGGAGCUGCUGGCCUGGCGAGAUUCACUCCCUUCCUUCCUUGCGAUGAUCAACCCCGAUACCAGCCUCGACGCAAGCCACCCGUACCUCUUUGUUCAACGCCACCUUCUUGCAUGCGAGUGGUACUACACUCGUAUCACCCUCAAUCGCCCGUACCUGCUGCGACGGAAACCGCAAGACGGACGUUACGCGUACUCGCGGAAUGCGGCUAUUGAAUCUGCACGUGCCGACCUGCUGUCUCGUCGCGCCUUCAUGCUGGAGAAGGGUGACCUGAUCAUUAAUUCCGGCGGAUACCGUGUGCUCAACUCGUACAUGGUUCUGGGUGUGACCAUCAAGCUGGACCCUGACUCGCCCCAGGCAGACGAGCUCCGUCACUUGCUCAACGUGGUAUCCGGUCGUGCCCGCGAUGAGCAGGGACGUCUUUCUGAACCCAUUGUCAAGGAGGAGCUGGCCAUCGUUGAGUUCCUCACCGCGAAGAACCCUACAAAGGCUGCCCCUUCCACUGCCAACGGGGCAGCUCAGAAGCAGCGUGCUGCCAACGGCGAAGGCAGUGAUGAGAACACGCCCGUCGACCUUCUUCUUGGAUUGGCAAAGACCAAUUCCGGUCGCCGUGCGGCCGAGGAGGAGCGACGUCAACUCCGACUUCAGCAGCGCCGCGAGAUGGAGGAGCAGCGUAUGGCUCAGCGCAGAUCCAUGUCGUCGGCGUCGAAUGGCAACAAUCAAAUGUCCUCGGCUUCGCCAUGGGGCUAUGUUGCACCGCAGAUGCCCGGACUGGACGUGCACCAGCCGUUUGGCUCGCAGAACGCAUCUGGCAUGCGCCGCGUGCCCCGACCUCUGCAGCCUCCAACCGGCGCAAAACGGGAGGGCUCAGACAGCGGCAAGGACUCUCUCGGCAACUGGUCUCCCGAGAAUCCAUUCAGCUUUGAGAGUGCCCGAGCGUCGCCCGGGUUCAACGCGACUGGACCCAACAUUAUCCCCAGCCCUCAUGGGCAGUUCCAAAACGUCAGCAGUCAGAACAACAACGCCAACCAGAUCUCUGGCCUGUCAUCCUACACCGACAUGUCGUUGCCGAUCACGUCUCCGAACGACCAGCUCACGACGACGCUCCAGCAGAACAGCGCAGAGUUGUUCGGCUCGAACGGCGCCGAGUUUGGCACAGCCGUGGGUGACGGCUUCGACUUCACCAAUCUUGGCGUUCCUGGACCAGGGAAUAUGGACAUGGGGGCCUUCAACCCCUUCACGAUUACGCAGACCGGCGGCAAUGACGAAGGAAGCGGAUCGGAACCCGGUCCGGAUGACGAAACGACCUUCCUCAACUUCAUCCUUCACAAGUUCGCCAACAAUUCCGGAGAGCCCGUGUAA